AUGAAUAGUCCGGAGGCCAGUCAGAAAGAAGCGGGGAUAAUCAUGUCGAUUUUGGCGGUUUAUUUAUGCAAUAGUAGUUCAACGGAGUUUUGGGUUGCCGAAGCGUACGAUUGGGUGACCAGCAUUGCUCACAGCCUUUACGUUGAAGAUCUUUUGUUAGCCAAUCAAAUGGUUACCGUUUUGCUUAUGUCUUCUUCAGGCGGUCUUCAUAAAAAUUAUUUUCACGCGGCUCUGCUAUUGGCCACUUGUGUUGCUCAACAAUUGGGCCAUAUCCAAACCAAUGAGCUUGCAGAAGCUACAGAACUCCCUCUCGUGAAUGCAAAAACAGUGUUUGCGAUCGUGUCAACCAUAUUAGAACAUUUAAAUGAGCACCUCCACGAAAUUGAUUGGAUAUUCAACAAUCGGUGGGACGUUGUUAGUCAGUUUUAUGAUUUUUCUUCUGUUACAGUUUUCAUUAAUAUUUUCGUGGAGAUUGCCAACAUUUUGUCUAUUUUUGUUGAGGUUUUUACUUAUUAUUAUCAUUAA